CAAAAUGACGAUUCAGACUGUGCCAAGUAAAGGGAGGAUAUCUAUAAUAAAAUUUCAGAACUUCACCAUACAAAGAAGACAGCCUGUCAUACGAUUAGUGUAUGGUUUCCUACUAGUCCUCAUAGCGAUCAUAAUGGUGGUUAUAGACCCCGUACAAAUUAUCACAGAAUGGAAAACGCAAAUAAAGAACGACUCGUACGUGAUGAAGAUGUUGCAGAAACCCACGUACGAACUAUUCGCGGACAUCUGGGUGUUCAACUACACCAACGUACCGGAGUACAUGUCGGGCAAGGAGAAGACCAUGCGGGUGGAGGAGGUGGGGCCCUUCCACUACCAAGAACUGCGGACAAACGAGAACAUCACCGUCAACGACGCGGAAGGAACCGUCACCAUAAUGCCGAAGAUCGUGCUGAAGUUCCUCCCAGAAGAAUCCAUCGGCCACACCAAGAAUGUCAACUUAUUCAUACCUAACAUCGCUCUAAUUGCCAUCAGCACGGUAGCAGCCGACCAUUUGCCCUACCUCGCAAACAGCGGCCUCUUCCUGUCCGCCAAGACCAUGGGCUCCAAGCUGUUCACCAACAUGAAUGUGCACGAGUUCUUCUGGGGCUUCAAGGACCCCGUGGUCACUGUUGCGCAUCAACUGUUCCCGGGCUGGAUUGAUUUUGACUCCAUUGGAUUGUUGGAUCGGUUCUACGCCGAGACCCCAACGAAAGUGGUGCUUGAAUUGAAAGACGAGGCCAGACGUUACUCCAUCAACUCUUGGGGCGGCUCAGGAGGCAUCCCACAGCAGGGUUACACGGACUUGAAUACCAGUACUCUUUGCAACCGUAUAAAGGGAUCGUACGAGGGUAUGAUGAUCUCGCCCCACAUGACGAGAGACAAGGUCAUUCCGUUGUACAGACGGCAAGCCUGCAGGAUCUUCCCUCUCACUUACGUCAAGGACAUGAAAGGAUACAACGGACUCGAUUAUUUUAGAUAUGAGGUGGCCAAAGAUGCUUUCAGUCGAAGCUCGGCCUUCGCUUGCAACUGCACUUCAAACUGCUUGCCUGAAGGAUUCGUCGAUAUCAGCGGCUGCUACUAUGGUUUCCCGAUAGCGUUAUCCAAGCCUCACUUCUUGGACGUAGAUCCGGUGCAAGCUAGCUACUACACAGGCAUGAACCCAGACCCUGAAAAACACACCACCAAAAUUGAUGUCGAACCAAUCCUGGGCGUCCCUCUAUCCUUCUAUUCAAAGAUUCAAGUGAAUAUGGCGGUACGCACCUCGCCUGCAAACCCCCUCACCAGCCCGCUCAAAGAUAAGGUGCUACCCCUGGUGUGGCUGCAAAUGUACUGCAAGGAACCCCCGCCAGAAGUCAUCCAGCUACUCCGCCUGCGUCUGAUCAUCGCUCCCCCUUUGGUCAUCACCAUCGAAGUCUUUCUGUUCCUCAUCGGCUUCUUCCUCGGCGUCCUAGGUGCUUACCGCCUCUUGAGGCCCAAGUACAAGCUCAAGGAAGUCAGACAGGACUCCAAGGUCGUCAGGAGAAGUAGUAUCAGGAGGACUAGUCUUAUUAUUAAUAUUGCUGAGAACAAAUGCUUCAGGGGGGACGAUGAGACUGAGGCUGUCGCGCUUCUUGGGGAUCCUCAGGAGCUGCAGGAGUUUAUAAGUCGUUCGUGAAGAUUUAGAAGGUCCAAAAUGAGAGUGUAGAAAAAGUAA